UCUCACCCCUCCACGCACGCACGCACGCACGCACACUAACCAACCCCUCCGGGGGAAGUAGCGAGAGAGCGAGCGAGCGUGUCCUCCCCCCCUCCUCACAACCGCCUGUGCGCCGUUUUUAAGGUUCUUUAGUCAGUCAUGUGAUUGUAACGUAACCCGACCGGAAAACACCGACAACCAUCGCCGCCAAUGCUGCGUCUGAGAGGAACAGAGCAGCUGCGCCGCGACCAACGGACCGAGAGUCCCCGGUAACAAACACAACGCCGUCGCCCGACCCCACGCGCUCACACGGAGGAAAGUAGACCGGAAGCUGACUCGUCAUCUCUGCUCCCCCUCUGUGUAGGUGGAAGUAUGGAGCUGGCCAACCAUGGUCUUAUCCUCCUGCAGCAGCUCAACGCGCAGAGGGAGUUCGGCUUCCUGUGUGACUGCACGGUCGCCAUCGGUGACGUCUUCUUCAAAGCACACAAGGCCGUGCUGGCCGCCUUCUCCAACUACUUCAGAAUGUUAUUCAUUCACCAGGACAGCGACUGUGUUCGGUUAAAGCCCGCAGACAUCCAGCCCGAUAUCUUCAGCUACCUCCUGAACCUGAUGUACACUGGCAAACUGGCCCCGCAGCUCAUCGACCCGGCCCGGCUAGAGCAGGGCGUGAAGUUCCUGCACGCUUACCCCCUCAUCCAGGAGGCUAGCCUAAACAGCCAGACCGCCUUCUCUCAUCCCGAGCCCAGCAUCCGGCUGAACACCUCUCUCUACGGCAUCCAGAUAUCAGGCCAACAGGGGUCUCAGUCCGGCCGUCUGUCCACCAGGAGGCAGUCCUCACCCGUCGACUCGGACAGCACAGGCGUGCUCGAUGGGAAAAGCUCGACCGCGAACGCGUCUCUGUCGUCAGGAUCCAGACUGCAGCCGGACAUGGAGGUCGAGGCAGCGGCGGUGAGCAGUAGCCAGUUCGGGAGAGAAGGCUCCGAGGCAGACGCGUCGUCCGGCGAAAGCUUGUCCGCCUUGACGAGCGCGAACCCUAACACCAUCCUCCACGUGAAGCCCAGCAUCAUGAAACGAAGCUCGUCGUUCCGGAAGCACUACACCUGCCACAUCUGCGGCAGUCGCUUCAACCAGCGGGCGGCUCUGAGGGAACACCUUCUCUGGCACGCCCAGGCUAUGGCACCUCUAAUGCUGGAGUCUGGAGGUGCCACCUCUCCCAUACUUCCCGGAGGAGCUGCCACACCCGAGGUGGAGGAAGUCCUCACCGGCGUUGGAGCGUCCGCAGCCACUCCCAUCAUGGUGGACGUCGAUGUCGAACAGCCCCUGUCUGGAUCUAAAGUCUCGCCGAGGGGCGAGCCGGCCGUCUCGGUCCCGUCGUGCGCGGCCCAGCCCCAAGCGGACACGCCUCCUCCGUCCGACAUCGCCGACAUCGACAACCUAGAAGGCGUGGCCGACAUCGAGCGAGAGGUGAAGAGACGGAAGUACGAGUGCCCCACCUGCGGACGCAAGUUCAUCCAGAAGAGCCACUGGCGCGAACACAUGUACAUCCACACGGGAAAGCCGUACCGCUGCAGCGCCUGCGGGAAGAGCUUCUGCCGAGCCAAUCAGGCAGCACGACACGUCUGCAUGAGCCAAGGUGCGGAGUCGGCGUACACCAUGGUAGACCGGCAGAGCAUGGAGCUGUGCGCGGCGGACGACUCCAGCCAGAUGGAGGCCCUGUUCCUGGGCUCCUCGGGAAGACCGUACAAGUGUAACAUAUGCGAAAUGACCUUCACCAACCCGAACGAAGUCAUCAAGCACACGUGCUUUAACCAGGGCGCGGUCUCGGAGGGAAGCGUCUCAGGAACGGCGGGGAGCGGCGUGAACACUGACAGAGCGGCCAAAGAUGAGGGCUCCGAUGUGUCUAGUGGUGGAUCUUUAGUGAUGGCCAUUAAAACAGAGGAGGUCUUGGUAGAUUAAUAAAACGUCCAUCCUAUAUCCAUGGGUUUUUUUUUUCCUUUUCGUUUAUCAAUAUCACACUUGUUUGUUGCAGAGCGUUUAUUCCGAUGUACAGCUUACGCUCUCGGAGUAGAACAGGAAAUGGUUGUACCUAUUAUAUGAAACCUUUUUUUUUUUUUUUUACUUUUCCACACCAGCAGGCGGUCGAGAUGAGUUUAUCACACCACGAAGCUCUUUUUUUUUUUAUUUUAUUUUUUCCCCCUCGUUCGGUGGAAUUCGGGUCAUUCACAUGUUGCACGUUGUGGUUUAAGCCUUUCCUCUUUGUAACCGUCAACAGGAAGAGGAAGUAGUGAAUUGCAAUAACCCCACCUAUGGUGAGGGCGUUCUCCUCGCCGCGUUCUCCUCGCCGCGUUCUCCUCACUGAUUCUUACAUCCUCGUAUGAUUUUAUGACAUUUAAAGCAAUAGCCAGCAGCAUAUAACCAUCACUAUAUUCUGCUUCUAUUAUUAUUAUUAUUAUUAUUAUUACUAUUAUUAUUAUUUCUACCGGCCAAAGAGUGUUAGAGCAGUUUAUUUCGUCUUCCCUGAUAAACCGAAUCGUUUUUUUUUUCUUUUCUUGUCCCUCAGCUUGGAUGAUUUUGUGUGAAAGAGCAUCAGUUACUCCAUCGUAAUAAAGUUAUAGAGUUCGAAAUCCGCUAGCUAUGAUCUCCGCUAAGAGCUCACUUGCCAAGGUAGAGCUAUUAUUAUUAUUAUUAUUAUUAUUAUUAUUUUUAAAUGAAAAACAAUGAUCUGUGUGCCAACACAAUUCCCCAGUUUGAAACAAACAUUUUGUUUUGAGUUCUUUCCAUUUUUAAAGGAUGCAAGUUGAUCUGGAACCAUUCUCAGUAAAUGUUUACAGAUGUGCCAUCUUUUUUAUUUUAUUUUUAUUUUAACAUUAUUUACUUUGUAUUUUAAUUUUAAUUUUUUUGGAAUGUAUCCGAUGACCUGUUACUGAUUUUCUGUUUUGAACCUUCACGUGUAUCGAUGUCUCAGUUUGAAGGGAGAUUUUUACCGUUUGUUUAUUCGCGGGGGAAAAAAAAAAAGUUUGUAAAAAGCCCUUAUUUGUUUUUUUUUUUUUUGUUUUUUUUUCUUUCCAAAUUUUAUACACAGUACUAUAUUUACAAAGAAUAUUUUAUAUUACAAAUGUUGUAUAUUGCAUAAAGUGCAUCGAGCGUAGAAUAUAAUCAAUUUUUAGUGUAGCACGAGUGUAUGUACAUUUUGUUCGUCUCUGAGUAACGGGUCUUAUAUUAAUAUUUUAACGCGACCCCCCUUCCCCCUCCCCUCCUCUCCCCCUCCCCUCCCCCUUCAUUAUCUGCUGUCGCUUAUUGUUCGCUCCUCGUUCAGCUGUCCAUGCACUGAAAUUUAGGGACCUGACUACUUUUUAUGAAAUUUUCGGAAGGCGUGACGAUGCACUGGGAGUUGCAGUGGUUCUGUAGGGUUAUAAACAGGCAUCGGACAUUCAUAACGAUGUUCUUUUGCAAUCGCAACAAGUCAAAUGUGCCGAAAAAGAAAUGAGCAGCUUUACAAAUAAGGAAAUUGUUGUUGUUGUUGUUGUUGUUGUUGUUAUUUUUAUUUUAUAGGUUGCUUCAGGAACAAGAAAAUGGGACCAUUGUUGUUUUUAAGAAAGUAUUAUUUCCUCGACAGAGCAGUGUAAUUUUUUUUUUUUUUUGGUGAAGUUUCUGUAUUAGGGCAUUUUGUGAAUUGAGUUACUACUGAUUGGUCGACGACUGGGAUUUUAUGACGUGCUCCUCUUUUCUCGUAACGUUCCUUUAUUUUCGACUCCCGGUGGUCGUGCAUGUACAGAAAUGACAGAUGAUAUGCCAUGCUUCGUUUUUGUUUCGCUUCGUUUUUUUUUUUUUUUUAUAUAUAUACUAUUACAUAUCUCUUCAUAUGCAAUUUGCUAAUGUAUUUUGUUCCGAGUUUAUUUUCGAGGCAGUUACAGGGAGGGGGGUGGGGGGUGAAGGAUCUUCCCUCCUCCGUCCCCUAAAAAAAAAUGCACAAACUCCAAAGCGAAGGCAAAACAUACAGUAUACUGUGAUCCGAAGCUCCUCAGGAAAUGAACAACUGCCUCAGAAUAAAUGUGAUUUGUGGUCGUCUGUCUAUAACGAACAAUAAAUCUUCCCUGUAACGGUAAUUGAAAUCAUUCCCAUAAAGUGGACAAAAUGAAUAAACAAUAAAACGUGACUGCAACAAAGCAGUAAUUAAUUCA